UUUGCAUCAAAAUCCAAUGCAUACCCUCUCUCAACGCACAAAAAAUGGAUCAUUGAUGAACACACAAACCAAAGAUCCAAACUUGUGUGUGGAAACUGGGCUGGUCACUUAAGGCCAAUGAUCCCUGAAGGUCUUGACAAGCAGCCAUUGAAGGACAUUGUUUCAGAGCUUGUUGAUCACAAUUUCAACUGUGUGAGGCUCACAUAUGCAAUAUACAUGUGGACAAGGUAUUCCAAUGAGAAUGUCAAUGAUGCCCUUGUAGAAUUGGAUGUACCUGAGGUUAUUGAAGGGAUUUACAAGAACAACCCUCAAGUUUUGGGGAUGAAUCACAUUCAGGUGUUUGAAGCUGUUGUGAAUGAGCUUGGAAGACAGAAUGUGAAGGUUCUUCUUGAUAAUCAUGUUAGUGAGCCUAAGUGGUGUUGUCAAGAUGAUGAUGAGAAUGGAUUCUUUUUUGAUAGACACUUUGAUCCUCAAGAAUGGAUUCUUGGACUUAGUCUUGCUGCUAAGCACUUUUCUCGAAACACUGCUGUUGUAGCACAAAGCUUAAGGAAUGAAUUGCAUGGUCCAAGGCAGAAUGAAGCGGAUUGGUACAAAUACAUGAGCCAAGCAGCAAUGGCAAUCCACAAAGAAAAUCCAAAUGUGUUAGUCCUUAUCUCAGGUUUAAACUUUGAUACUGAGCUCCAAUUCUUGAGGAGAAAACCAUUGAACAUAAACAUAGGCAACAAACUUGUGUAUGAGACACAUUUGUAUUCUUGGGCUGGAAUUGGAACACUGAAAUUAAAAGACAUUUGGAUCAAGCAACCAUUGAACAGAAUCUGUGCAUUGAGCAUUAGAGGGUUGGAUUCUAGAGCUGGAUUCCUUACAAUGGGAGAGAAUGCAGCACCAUUGAUCUUCACUGAGUUUGGUUUUGACCAAACUGGUGUGUCAAUUCAAGAUAACAGGUUCUUGACAUGUCUUCAGACAUAUCUUGCUGGAAGGGACAUGGAUUGGGGUUUGUGGGCAUUCCAAGGUGGCUACUAUGUUAGAGGUGAUGAUGUUCAUGCUGAGGAGACAUUUGGGGUUUUGAAUUCAGAUUGGAAUCAUUUGAGGUACCCUAAUUUCACUGACAAGUUUCAACUUUUGCAGAUGAAGAUUCAAGAUCCUACUUCCAAGGCAGGGAAUGCUAACAUAAUGUACUACCCUCUAAGUGGUCAAUGUACAAAAGUGAAUCAAAAGAAUGAACUUGAGCUUGGUACUUGUGAGAAGAAUCCCCACAAUAGAUGGAUCCACAACAGUGGCUCUCAAAUCAUUCUGAAUGGCACCAAUAAGUGCUUAACAUCUUCAGGUGAAGGCCUUCCAGUAACUGUUUCUGAUGAUUGCAAAAGCAAGAACAAUUCUUGGAGACAAGUGUCACUUUCCAAGCUUCAUUUGGCCACAUUUGAUGACAAGAGUGGCAAAACGCUUUGCUUGAAUAAGGAUCCUAACUCAUCAACGAUUGUGACAUCAAAAUGUAUUUGCAUAACCGAUGAUUCUCAGUGUCUUGAUGAUCCUCAAAGCCAGUGGUUCCAGCUUGUUCCUACCAAUGUGUAG